CAGUUCCCCACUCAGUGAUGAGCGUCUACCCCCCGGUGUGACUGUGGGAAGGUUGCCUCCUCUCCUCCUGUCCACGGGAACUUUGAAUAUCAGCAUGUAGAGGCGGAAUAACCAAAUCCGACUCGGAUACAGCUGCUGUUAGCCGUGGACGCAGCCACCCGCCAUCUCUCGUAGCGGUGGAAAAGGAAGAAGAAGAAAAAGCCGAGCUAACAGCGGCUAGGCUAGCUCCGGCGUUAGCCUCCGAGCGGAGGGAGAACCGCACCGGGUCCGGGAGACGCGCCUCGAGGUGGAGGAGUUUGCGAGAGAGGAAGGAGGAAAAUGGAGCUGUUUCAGGCUAAAGACCAUUACAUUCUUCAGAGCGGGGACCAGGCGCUGUGGUGCAGCAGGAAGGACGGUAGCAUGGCUGUCAGACCCGCCACAGACCUGCUGCUGGCCUGGAACCCGGUCUGCCUGGGUCUGGUGGACGGAGUCAUCGGAAAGAUUCAGCUGCACACUGACCUUCCUCUCGGUCUCGUAUUAAUCCGCCAGAAAGCGCUGGUGGGUCAGUUACCGGGCGACCACAAGGUUUACAAGAUCACCAAAAUCGCCGUCAUCCCCCUUUCUGACGAGGAGCCUCAGGAGCUGGAGCUGGAGCUUUGCAAGAAGCAUCAUUUUGGAAUCGACAAAACGGAGAAACCGGCCCAGUCUCCAGAUGAAUCAAAGUUGAUGAAAACUCUGAGUCAGAUCAAAUCCAACGUGUCCGUUCCCAUGAAGAAGAAGUAUUCCCCUGCGUUCCAGGUUAAGGAAAACAAAGAGAAGGAGCGCCUGGAGCGGCGACUGUUAGACGAGCUCUACAAAAUAUUCAUGGACUCAGACUCCUUCUACUACAGCAUGACCUAUGACCUGACCAACAGCGUGCAGCGGCAGGGAGACUCGGAUAAGUCCAGCUUACCUCUGUGGAAACAGGUGGACGACCGUUUUUUCUGGAACAAACACAUGAUCCAGGAUGUCAUCAAUCUUCAGGUCCCAGAGGUUGACCUGUGGGUUAUUCCGAUCAUCCAAGGCUUCGUCCAGGUGGAGGAACUGGUGGUGAACUACAACGACACGUCAGAUGAGGAGCGCAGCAGCCCAGAGACUCCGCCCAAAGAGAUUACCUGCGUCGAUGACAUUCACCCUCGCUUCACUGUGGCGCUGAUCUCCAGACGAAGUCGCCACCGCGCAGGGAUGCGGUACAAGCGCAGAGGUGUGGACACAGACGGCCAUGUGGCGAACUACGUGGAGACGGAGCAGCUGAUCCAUGUCCACAGCCACACGCUGUCCUUCGUCCAGACCCGCGGGUCGGUACCCGUCUUCUGGAGCCAGGCCGGAUAUCGCUACAACCCCCGGCCACGCAUCGAGAAAGGGGACAAUGAGACGAUGCCUUACUUUGCUGCUCACUUUGAGAAGCAGCUUGAGCUUUACACAAAGCAGGUGAUAAUUAACUUGGUGGACCAGAACGGGCGGGAGAAGAUAAUCGGGGAUGCGUAUCUGAAGCAGGUCCUGCUGUACAACAACCCAAACCUCACUUACGUUUCCUUUGACUUCCACGAGCACUGUCGUGGAAUGAAGUUUGAAAACGUGCAGAUACUGACAGAUGCCAUUUCUGACAUCAUCACUGACAUGAAGUGGGCAUGGGUGGACCAAGCUGGCGUCAUCUGCAAGCAGGACGGGAUCUUCCGGGUCAACUGCAUGGACUGUCUCGACCGGACCAACGUGGUUCAAGCUGCCGUUGCGCGAGUUGUGAUGGAGCAGCAACUGAAGAAGCUGGGUGUGAUGCCUCCAGAGCAGCCGCUGCCUCUGAAAUGCUACCGGAUUUAUCAGGUCAUGUGGGCCAACAACGGCGACACCAUCAGCAAGCAGUACGCAGGAACCGCCGCCCUCAAGGGAGACUUCACGAGGACGGGGGAGAGGAAGCUGGCUGGCGUGAUGAAGGACGGCGUGAACUCUGCCAACCGCUACUAUCUCAACCGCUUCAGAGACGCUUACAGACAAGCAGUCAUCGAUCUGAUGAUGGGUUUGCCCGUGACGGAGGACCUGUACUCCAUCUUCAGUAAGGAGAAGGAACACGAGGAGAAGGAGAAGGAGAGCCAAAGAGGAGCGCAGGAGCAGGUGGGCCUGCUGUUGCAGACCUACAUGCAGCUGCUGCUGCCGGACGACGAGACGUUUCACGGAGGCUGGGCGCUCAUCAACUGCGACAUGAGCCUCAUUGAUGCAACCAACAAAGACGUGGACGUUCUGCUACUCCUGUCAGAUAAAGCCUACUACAUCGCUUACUACGACGACGAGGCAGAUAAAGUCAACCAGUACCAGCGUCUCGACUUGGAGGGAUUGGAAAAAAUUGAAAUCGGUCCGGAGCCCACUCUGUUCGGGAAGCCGAAGUUCUGCUGCAUGCGUUUGCACUAUAGGAGUCAGGAAACCAGUGGCUACUUCCACACUCUGAGGGCGGCGACGCGCAAUCCGGAGGACGACGGCAAAGAUACGCUGCAGUGCAUCGCUGAGAUGCUGCGCAUAACGAAGCAGGCCUCCGGGCUGGACCUGCUCGUCAUCGAGAAGAAGCUGGAGAGGCGGCAGAGUAAACCUCAUGAGGACAUCAUGGGGAUCCAGAACAAGCCUGCAGGUCAGGCGGCGGGUGGCUCUGGACUCGCUCAGGGGAAAAGCUUCCUCCUCAACAAGUUCUCCUCCCUCAACCAGAAGGUGAAACAGACCAAAACCAACGUCAACAUCGGCCCCUUCAAGCCGCUCGGAAAGUUGGGGAACUUCUCCAAACCCGACGUGACGGUUAACUUCCUCAAGCCCACCAUGCACGUCAACCUGUGGAAGUCGGACAGCAGCCUGGAGACGUCGGACGGGAACCCCGGCGCCGCCGCGCACAGCGUCCGGGGCGACGAGCGCUACGAAAACGACUCGGACUCCGACUCGUACAACUCCGACCCCGAGCACCUGUGCUCCGGCUCCUUCGACAAGGUAGACUACGUCCUGCCGAGCUGUGGUAUCGUGGCGUCGAACCCGCGACUGGGCAGCCGCUCGCAGUCCAUCGGCAGCGGCGAACUCAACGUCCCGUCUGUGAUCCACGUCACCAGCUGCCAAGAUGGCGUCUCUGACAUCAACGACAAGUCGCCCGGCGCCGCGUCGCUGGCGGAAGAGGCGCUGCUGAUUGACUUCGGGACACCCAUCGACGCCUACUGUCAGCAGUUCGUUCAGGACGCCCAGACCAAACCAGUGGAGGUGUUCGGUGAGCUGCCGGCGGCCGGGGUCGCGCCGCCGCAGAAGAAAACCCCCGCAGACUCUGAGCAAUCCAACCUGCAGACCCAGAACCAGGACGCCCAGCUGCCCCGACCGUCCCGGCUGGACGUCCAGACCUCUACCUCCGGUUCCAACCUGCUGUCCGUCCAGCGGCCCAGCUCGGCGGCGUCGGGCGGCUCCCAGAAGAGCCUCAGCUCCCUGAUGGAGGGCAGCCUCGGACCGUCGCCCGCCGACAGCAACGGCAGCCGCGUCGUGUCGCCGUUCGCCAAGAUCCGCAGCUCCAUGGUACAGGUGGCCAGCCUGACGCAGGCGGGACUCACGCAGGGCCUCAACUACGCCGUGGCGAAGGUCCAGAAAAGCCCCGACCCGGACGCUGUGAGCGAGGCCCAGGAGAGCGACCUGAAGGCAAUGUUCACACAGUGCCAGACGAGGAUCAUCCAGAUCUAGAGCGCCGUGUCUCUCCUCCUGUAGCAGGAUUUUCUGGUCAUCUCCCGUGUGGUAGCAUCAGCAGAAGCUUGCACAGAGUCAUUAUUAGGCCAAUAAAUGUACUCUUAGAUUCGCCCAUCAAGCUGCAGUAUGCAACUUUUACAAAAAUAUUUCUUUUAAACGCAAAACAUUACUGAGUAUUUUGGUUUAGUUUCUAGUACAAAUAUCUUACUUGAAAUGAGAAAACUAACUUACAAGUAACUUUUCUGCAAGAAAUAGAGUUUGAUCCUUUAUAUUGAGGAAAAAGCUUCAGUCCCAUUGGCCGAUUGUUUCACAAUCGUUUCCUAGCAACGCCUGACAACCAUUGAGCCGUCGCCUAGCAACCAAGUUCAGGUCCCACUGGCAGAGUUCAUUCAUAACGAGACGUUUUUCCCACGAUCAGUGGAGCUGCGACUUUUUCAUCAAUAUUAAGGAAUUAUUGACUUAAAACAAGUUAUUAUAUCUUGCUGAAAAGUUACCUGCAUGUUGGUUUUGUUUUAUUUCAAGUGAACUUUGAUAUUUAUAUUAGAAAUUCGACCAAAAACACUUGAUAACAUUUUGUGUUUUUGCAGUGCAACAUGUUGUGACAGAUAAUCUGUGAAAACAUUGAUUUUCUUCACCUCCUCCCUGAGCUAGUCCUGCUGUCUGAAGAAAUUUACCGCUCCAGACCAAAAACAACCAAUCAGAGCCAGGAGGAGGGACUUAUUGCUGUCACUCAAGCUUGUGAACGCAUUGCUAAAUGCGCUAAUGUUGAAGGAACAACUUACCGUUACAGGAAUACCGUCUGUCCAUGCAAACUAGCUUUAGCAUCCAUGGCAGGCUCUGUUGUGGUGAACUAGCUGAAGAGUGAUUGGCAGCGCUAAGACCCGCCUCCUGGCUGUGAUUGGUUGUUUCUAGUUAGCAGUGGGAGAAGGCAGAGGAGCUUGAUUUUUUUUCUUUUUUUUUUUUUUUUUCUUUUUGGUUAGAAAUUAUCUGUCUCAUAGUGUCACUACAUGGUGACAGUUUAUAUAAAAAAGUUUUUUUGAUAAAAGUUACAAAGUGCAGCUUUAAAUGACCACUCCCUCCCAUCAUGACAGCGACCAUGUUUACAUGCACACAAGUACGGAUUUCCUACUUUUUUUGUUGUUUGAGCACUGAUUUUGUUUUUCCACACCACCUUGCACACUAAAAAAUAUUGAUAUAUGUCCUCCUUUAUGGCUUAUUGGUGCCUCACAGUGGAGAUUGCUAUGUUAUUAGCGUACUAGCUGGAUUUAGAACUAGAAUAAUUACAAGGUUGUUUUUUAGUAGUGUGUUUGGAAAUUAGAUAAUUGGGAUCAGCAAACAUUCCAUCCAAAUCCAUAAACAUCCCAUAAUAGGCAUAGGUCUGUAGAAAAAAAACAACAAAUAUUCAAAAUAGAUUUAAAAUAAAAUUAGUUAUUCACAGAAAAUUAGUGUCACAGAAAAAGAUAUUUAAUUCUGCAAUCCUAGAAAAUUAAAGUAAAAAUUCUGAGGUUCAGAGUUUUAAAAGCACCUUAAAUUUGUUAGCAUUUCGAUUUAAGCACAGCUUAAAGCUAAUUACAUCUUUGCUGUCCUUGCUAAUGUUAGCUGGUUAGCAUUAGCAUUACCUUAUGUUCGGUACUUCAUCUGCCUCCUGUUGCUGAACCAAAAACUGAGUUAAUACUUUGAGAAAAACAAAAGCUGGGACCUGAAAAUAAUUUUUUAAUGUUUGCAGAGAAAGAUGUCCAUCUGACUUUAAACUGUAAUAAGAGGAAAUUUUACCGUUUUAUACACUUAAACCUUUUUAACUCCAUGCACUACGACGGAGUGUUAUGGCCAGACUCACAGGAUUAUUAUUUCUUUAUUACUAUUAUGAAAUCAUAAUAUUAUGAGAAUAAAGUCACAUUUACAAAAUAAAAAUGCUAAAUUAUCCAAAAAAAGUUAACAUUUAUUAUUUUAUCAUAUUAUUUUUGCUAAUAUUGCUACUUUAUUCCGAUAUUAAAACUUUAUUCUUGUAAUAUUACAACUUUUUCUAAAAUUGCAACUUUAUCUUGUAUUAUGUCAACUUUAUUCCUAUUCCAAUAUUACUUUAUUCUGAUAUUAUUAGGUCUUUAUUUUAGUAUUUCGUCCUUUUUGUUGUAUGACUGUGGCUAUAAUUCCAUUAUUACAACUUUAUUCUCUUUAUGACUAUUCUCGUAUUAUUACAUCUAUUGUUGUAUUACAUUAUUUUUGUUUUAUUCUGUACUCUCAAUAUUCUGGUAUGAAUGCAGGUUUAUUUUCAUAGUAUUACAACCGUUUUGUUGUAUGAUUGCGACUAUGUUCAUGUAUUAGUACGCUGUAAUUAUGGUAUAAUUGCAACUUUUUAAGUAUUUUUUCAUAAUAUAGCAAUUUUGUUGCGUGAUUGUGAUUUUUAUUGCAACCUUUUUGUUUACGGCUUUAUUCUUGCGUUACUUUUUUUUUGCAAUUUAAAAAAAGUAACGCAAAUUCUUAGUCUGGCCAUAAAGCUCCGUUGUAGUAAACAAACGCACUUUCUGCUCCGUAAAAUACUUCAGCUUUCGAAGUAAUCCACUCUGCUGAUCAAGUUCUGCUACAUGUUUUAUUUUCUUGUACAAUUUUUACUUUCUGAAACGUGAAGAUCAUGCUGUCCCAACUCUGCUUGUGGUAACAUCUAGCUAGCAUUAGCUGGUCUGCUUUGAUUUAAUCGUGCUUCAUUUCAUCCCAUAUAUGCAGAUCACCGUUAAGCUGGACCUGAGCUUCAUGUAGAAAUAAACCAAAUCUGUGGUUCCCAAAGGAUGGUAAAGUUUGCGUGCUACCCUCCUGUGUAUAAAUGUACUGAACUAGCCAGACGACACGCUUUACAUAGUUAUUAGCUAACAUAAGUGUUGUUGAGUCACUUAGACCGUAGGAACUAGUGAGAGUAUCCUGGUUGUUCAUAUGUACAGUGAGUCGUGUUUGACCCAACCGCUUUUCUUUUUGGAUUCGCCAUCAGAGGUUCGGCUCGUUUCUGAGGGAUGGGUUUGGGUUCGGUCUGACCGGCGCCGGAGUGUAGCAUAUAAUACACAGAUAUGCAGAUUCACAGUAAGCACUGACGCUUUAUGCACUCCCCCAAGCAGAAAUUUGCCUUAACUGGGAACUCGAGAGGCAGAAUUACAUGUUUCAGGUAUUCGAUGCAGAAUCUACCUUUUUUUAAUUUCCUUCUUGUGUUACAUUUAGAGCACUGCUGGGAAUAUGUUCAGGGUCUCUAUUUAAUCUAUUGUUUUGUUUAUGGAAACGUAGACACUGACUGUAGGUUGUCUCCAUGUGCUGCUGCCGUAGAUCCCUGGAUGCAUUGGAUUAAACUUCCUGUUUUGCAUGUAUUUUUCUUGCAAUACAUGCACUUAACCUGAAGAAGUAACAUUUAGCUCUUUUUAAAUUCAUUAGUUUUUAUUGUUGCUGUUAAAUAUAAGGAUCUUAAGAGGCCCUACUCUGUAUCAUGUUGUGUAUGAUAAAAGGUCAAAGGUCGUAUUCACUCCAUUUUCCUCACCAGCAGCUGAAAUCGGGUAGACUUGUAUAUUUGUCUUGUUUAGACCGUUAAAAAAAACUGCCUGCUUUGAAUGGCCACAAUUCAAUACAAAGUCAGGAAAUAUUUAUACAUGUGAUAAUUUAAAUAAAUUUAUGACAAUCUAAAGGAAAUUAAAUUUGCAAAAAAAGUUUUAACCAAGAAGCUGGCUGUUCAGAUGUCCAGAAAGUUCAGUGGAAGAAGAAAAAUAUACAUUAAUCAUUUAUACUUGAGAUCAUUUAAAUACAAUUUUAAACAAUGUACUUGUAAUUAUAUAAAUAUCAAAUUUUCAAGAAGAUGGCCAUUUACAAACGGACAGAAAGUUCAGUGGAAGGAAACCAAAAUAAAAGAACAUAAUUUCAAUUAAUUGUUAAAAUGUAUGAAGUAAAUAUGGCAUCUAAUUAUUUUACAGUCCUGAGUUGCUUUAUGAAAUUAUUUUGUCAUUAUGGAGUGUUCCCAAAUUUUUUAAAAAUAAUUUCUGAAAUAAUUUGGUUUAUUAAAAUGUGUAUUUGAUGUUAUUACAAGUAUGUAUAUAAUAUACUUAUAGCAUUAAAUACUAAAAUGAUGUUUAAGUUUUGUUUAACAUGUGUGAAUAUUUGAGAACUUAUUUGUUGAAUUGUGGCAGUGUUGGGCCUCUGUAGAUUUGCUGACAGUAGGUGGCGCUGCCAAUGCUUCAGGGUGAUUUCCUGCAGUGCAACGUUUUCUCGCUAAGGUUGUGAACACUGGAACAGUUCUCAAGUUUUCGAUGCGGUGAAAAGGAAAAACGCAACAUUCCUGAUGAACACGAGUCGCUGUUUUGUUUUCUAAUAUGCAAGUUUUUGUUUUUUUCCAGAUUAUCUGCUGGGUGAGAUUUAUCUUGUUUUUCACAUCAAGUGCUUUUUUUCCUUCCAAUUAGGACCCAACAUCAUGACGUCAAUGUGCAAUUAAACAUGUUCAAGUAUUUUAUUUGCACCGAUUAAGCACAUCCUCCUGGUCUGUAGUCAUAUCGUUCCUCUACCAACUGACUGUCGUCAUUGUUUUCCAGUGUACUGAAAUUGUAUUGUAUAUUAAAGUAUCCUAUUUAUUCUUA